AUGUUCGACUGGAUCGUGGUGAUCGUCAAGGUCGUGACGGAGAUCGUCCGAUCCGGAUGCGAUUUUCUCGGCUGGAGCACGGUUUGGCUGCGGGACGUGAUAAAGGAGAGCCAGAUGCAAAGAUCAUAUCUGCUCCUGAAGACGCCACAGCAUCUCGCCGUCACCUUCACCGAAAAGAAGAAAAUUAAACUGAACGAGCUUCGACGCUUCCUGGAGUUGUGCCGCUCAUCCGGUGUCAGGCGCGUCUCGCUUUACGAUCCAUGGGGUGAAUGUCUUGCAUUAUCUGCAUUCCUGAAGAACAGUGCCGACAAAAUGGACAUCCUACACGACGAGGAAUUUCCGGAUGUCCGGGAAGCGGCCUUUGCUGUACAAUUGCUGGGUCCGCUGUCCGGACGGGAAUUGGUAUUGCAGAGCAUUCGUGAGCUCCUCCCUACACCUGGCCAGCUAACUAUGGAAGCGUUCGACAGUCAGCUGCAGAAGCAUGGCGUGCCCGAGCCAAACAUCCUCCUCAAAAUAGGGCAACUGCCAACGAUGGCUGGAUAUCCCCCAUUGGCCAUUCGUGUCACCGAGAUCGUAUUGGCGCGCCGUCUGCCGACCACCCGGUCGUCCUUCUACAAUGCCCUCAGCGACUAUUCGAAACGGGAUAUUCGGUUAGGAAAA